GUGGGGCGGGCUCAGGGUGGCCGGGAGACCCGACGCAUGCGCGCUUCCGGCGCGAGCGCGACCAGUGACCAUGGUGGCGGCGGCGGCGGCGGCGCAGGCCCUCUCGGGCGCGCGGCGGCUGCGGCUCUUCCUCUCCACGCUGAAGCCCGGGGUCCACGUUCCCCAGGCUGAGCCCGUGGCUGCGUUCAGCUCCUCUGUGACCUCCGCCAAAGUGGCUGUGAACGGCGUCCACCUGCACUACCUGCGGACUGGAGGUGGAGAGCACGCGGUCCUGCUGCUCCCAGGAAUGUUGGGAAGUGGAGAGACUGAUUUUGGACCUCAGAUUGAGAACCUGAAUAAGAAGCUCUUCACGGUGGUUGCCUGGGAUCCCCGAGGGUACGGACAUUCCAGACCCCCAGAUCGAGAUUUCCCAGUAGAAUUUUUUGAAAGGGAUGCAAAAGAUGCUGUUGAUUUGAUGAAGAUGCUGAAGUUUAAGAAGGUCUCUUUGCUGGGGUGGAGUGAUGGUGGGAUAACAGCCCUCAUUGCAGCUGCAAGAUACCCGUCCUACAUCAACAAGAUGGUGAUCUGGGGGGCCAACGCCUACGUGACCGACCAGGACGAGGAGAUUUAUCGGGGUAUCCGAGACGUGUCUAAAUGGAGUGAGAGAACAAGAAAGCCUCUGGAAGCCCUCUAUGGGUUCGACUACUUGGCCAGAACCUGUGAAAAGUGGGUGGAUGGCAUAAAGCAGUUUAAGCAUCUUCCAGAUGGUAACAUCUGUCGGCACCUGCUGCCCCUGGUUCAGUGCCCCACCCUAAUCGUGCACGGUGAGAAGGACCCUCUGGUCCCGAGCUUCCAUGCCGACUUCAUACACAAACACGUGAAGGGGUCACGCCUUAAAUAUGUACACAUCAGAGGAGAACCUGUUAUUCAGAAUCACAAAACAGCAGCGUCUGCCAAGCCAGCUGUGUUGGUGGCCCAUUCGAUUAAAUGGCAGAGACACAUUCCUUGUCUGUGUAGCCCCGUUUCUGCCAGCCAGCCUGGGGACGCCAGAGAACCUAAUAAGACAUGUCAGCAGAAAUUCUGUUCUUCGAUCCCAUUUGUUUUUAUAUGGAACAGAAAUUUAUAAUUUAAAUACUUUGGCUGACACGGGAGCCAGCUUCUGCUGGUGCUUAUAUCAAGAUGAAAAUUCCACGUUGAGCAAGCUCAGAAUUUCCUUGAUAUGCAGUGAUGCACAUCCUGAAGGAGAAAAUGGGAUGUGACCAGGAGCUGGUGGCCUGGCUUUGUUUUUUUUAAGCAAAUCUACUGGAAAAUAAACACCCAGGUGAGCCUUGAUCCCUUCAGAGACUGUAUAUGAAUUCCAGAGCUGCUGUCAUUAGUCAGGACGUCUUUGGAAUUGUACAGAAUUCUUUGGAAAUUGGCGUUGUUAGUGACCUAAGAACACCCUCCCACCCCCCCGCCCCCGCCCUGACCCUCCAUGAGCCGAUUCCGAUGCCCUGCAGGCCAGCCCUGCCUGGUAGGUCAGCAGUGGUCCCUGAGCUGAGAGUCCCCACGGUCCAGCAGGGAGAGUAGAAACAGCUCCUCUACCUCCUAAUCAUACUAGUUAUUCCGUGAUCGAUUUUAACAAAUGUCUCAGAGAAUUUUUAAAUGUGGGAGACACGCUUCUUAUUCUGCAGUAAAACAGCAUUCCUACAAUUCCUGUCUAAUUCCUGUGUCCAAAGAGCAUUUUAUAUUUAGAAGGCAUUUCACAUAUGAUUACAUACUUCACAACAGCCUUAUGGGAAAAGAUUUUGUCCCAAUUUACAGAUGAGAAAAUCAAGGCUGAGACGUGUUAAGUAAUCUUCCAAGGUCGCGUGGCUAGUAAACGACAAAUCCUGGGUUUUUCCUCCUAAUACGGUGCGUUCCCCCACAGCACAGCCGCCUCUCGUGAACAUACUCUCCUUUUAAUAUGACGGUAAGAUGCCUGUGCUGCGCGCUCGCUG